GCGCUCCCGUACGAGACUGACACGGCCGGGGAACGCUCCCAGAUCGCCGCCGCGUAGCCUUCCGCCACCGGGUUCGACGAGGGAGCCAGGGCACGCAAGGCGGCCUAUAGCCUAUAGGGAGAGUAGGUCGUGGAUUUUUGGGGAUGCGGCCCAGAGGCGCGGCAACGUCGUGGGUUGUGGGGCGGACGCGCAUCUCUACGACGACCUGGACGCCGCCGCCAUCCCGGCGCUCCUCGGCUCCUGCUUCGACGGCGAUAACGUCGAUGCUCAAGCCUGUACCAGCUCCACUACGCCGCGAAGCCAUGGUUCUUCCAUCCCACACUUAUCUUCUCAAGGAAACACACAUCAGUAUUCUUCAUAUGGUGGUGGAUACUAGAGUGGUAGUACAACAAAAAGGAUUGAUAUCCCAAAUGGAAGGUUGGUGUUAUCAUUGGAAAUGCUGGAGAAACUAUAAAGCAUAUCCAACUUUAGUCAGGGGCAAAGAUAAGUAACAAGGGACAUGGAUGUUCAACCCGGAUCACGGACAAGAUUGGCUGAUCUUUUGGGCACUCCUGACCAGAUAAGCAGAGCUGAGCAGUUGAUAAGUGAUGUUUUUGCAGAGGCUGAUGCUGGCUCAUUUGGCACUAUCUCUAGUUGUGUUGAGCAAUUCUAGAUGCAAAUUGCUAACAACAAGUUCGGCUGCGCUCUGACUCUUCGUCGAGGAGCAUGCGCAGUGCGGUGGUGCGGUGGCCUCAGAAGGUGGGGCGCCGACACCUGCAGCUUGUGCACAGUGGCGAGUCCAUGCAUCUCCUGCGCCCCGCAACCUUCUCCUUCCCGGCACAGUAGGAGCAGGAGCAAGGAUGCCGAGGCGGUUCAGGUGAAUAGUGCUUUAGCUUCAAUGACCAAUUUUAUUGCUAAAUAUUUUUCCCACUGGAUGUGUCGAAGAAUAUACAACUUGUCGCGAGGAAGAGUAGGAAGAUCAGGCAGAGAGGGUUUCACAUACCUCUUCUACACUGACAAGUCUUCGCUUUCCAGGAUUGCCAUGGGAGCUUUGGAUGGUGGUCUUGAUAUUCCGCACAGUGACAAGAGACUUGCUGGCUUCAAGAAGGAUAAGAAGCAGCUGGGCGCUGAGAUUCACCGCAAAUACAUCUAUGAAGGUCAUGUUGCUGACUACAUGAAGAGAGGGACGAAUCCGGCCACCAGGGCAAAAGAUCAGGGUGGAUCCAAGCCAUCACCGCCUCUCCCUUACAACCAGGUGAUAAUUGGGUGGGAGCAAAAAGGAGAGCAGGCAAUGACCCUCUUCAAAUUUGGCUUCGAUAAGGAGAGCAGGCAAUGACCCUCUUUCAGUUUGGCGUCGGUAAGGCCAGAAUGACAGGCCUAGGCUCCUGUGGGAAGGGAUGAAUUGAACAAGGAGGUAGGACGACGUGUUUGUUCUUCAACCAUGCCCCUCUGAAACCUAGAAAAUUGGGGGAAAUCAUGGCUAGAGCAUAUGUGAACUUGGCCUCCGGUCAUUUUAGUCAGGUUUCUGGUUUUGCUUGGGAGAGUAUCAUGUGUUUCCCAUUUGUUUAUUUAAAUCAUUUGUAUCUAAUUCUUGUGAACUAGAUCGUGCUUGGGAGAGUAGCAUGUGUUCCCCAGCAAGCAUGUUGCUUGCUGAUUUUAGAUUAUUGAUUUAGUUACAUACAUAGACCUUUUGGACGGUUGGCUUGGCUGUUUGGAUCUGUUUUUAUGCAGGGAAAACCGUAUUCCAAUCAUAAAACUGAUACAACGGGCACACUAAUAUGACUGCUGUACUUUGAAUUCGACCAUUUGAUUAUUCAGGAGAUAUGUGUCAAAAGAAGAAAAAAAGGUGUGAACCAUUUGAUCGCUGGGUAGAUGUGUGUCAAGGAAAUAAAACAGACAACAUGUUUGUUCCUUUGGAUAUAUGCUGUCAAACAGAAAAUUCUUUUAAUUUAUAGGGGCGAAAGAAUUGUUGUUUGAGUUAUAAGUCUUACCCCUACUCGCUUUCGAUGUUCAGUUCACUAAUUCCCUGCUCUUUCCUUAAUUUCCCCCUUCUAGAUUAUGCUUCACUGUCAACUAUCUGCUGUAGAAGAACCAGAGCUGUCUGGGAUGAGGAUGUCAUCCUGCCAGCUUGCCGACGACGACAACAAAGAAAAUAGGUUGGCCAAGCUGCUAGGACAAAUAUGAAGACUAACUGGUGAGUAGUGUAAGUGAACAUUGUUUGCUGUUUUUCUUUCCGGUGUGGGUUUACUAAACUUUCUAUGUAUGAAUUUCCCCUCAUAUUUUCUUCCUGGGUUGAUAAAAACUGAACAAUAUAAUUAAAUCUCUCGUGUCCAAUACUCGCUUCAAUGUAGGACGACUACAUAGUCAAGGAUAGUUCUAACUGUUAGAGUUAUAAUAUAGGUCAUGUACCCCUUUGUAUUUAUCCCGUUGUAUAAGGGGUUUUCUGCAUAUGUUCCACACCUGUACAUGUAUAUAUAUCGGCCUAUGGCCU